CGUUGUAGAUAACAUAACCCAGUGAGUCUACCCUUAUCUCUGACCAUUUCUUUCUCUGAAGCCAACUCCAAAACUAACAGACAGAAAGAAAGAGAAAAAGAAACCCAAUUCCUGUUUCAACUGAAACACAGCACACACAACAAUCAUCAAUUUCUCUACAAAAAAUAACCCCACAAAGAAAACAAACUGAAACAACAGCAAAAAAGAAAUCUUCACCUCAGCUUCCUCUGUUCCGUCCUUCCUCGUCGCCGCGCCGGAGCAUCUCGCCGCCGUCAUCCACCGCAUCAUUCGCGAGGGAACUCGGAGGUCAUCGAAUUCGCGAAGAUGUCGCGGUUCCCGUUCUUCAACCGUUCGAACACGAUUCACUCGACGAAAUCGGAAUCCUCGCAGAAACCCUACCUCGUCCACCACCAUCUCCACAAUCUUGACCGGUCCGGUUCGGUGAACCGCUUCUACGGUUCAGUGGACUCCAUGAAAUCCUCAAUCCGCGGAAAAAUGGUGAAGAAGCUCUGCACCUUAUUCGAAUCCUCCAAAAAACCCUUGCCAGAACCAGAAUCCGAAUCUGAAUCGUUUUCUUCUUCAAAAUCACGUUCAAAAACAGAUUCAGAUUCGUGCAUUACUAUAUUGUUUCGAUUACCCGGCACAGAGGACAGAAUAGUUGUGUAUUUAACGAGCCUUCGCGGGAUUCGGAGAACUUUCGAGGAUUGCAACGCGGUCCGCAUGAUCCUGAAGGGGUUCAGGGUUUGGGUGGACGAGAGGGAUGUGUCUAUGGACUUGAGCUACAGGGAGGAGCUGCAGCAUGUGCUGGGGGAGCACCAUGUGGCGCUCCCCCAAGUUUUUAUACGAGGGAAGUACAUUGGUGGUGCUGAUGUGAUCAAGCAUUUGUUUGAGAGUGGUGACUUGGCGAAGAUGAUUCUGGAAGGGCUCCCCAAGCUGAAACCCGGGUUCGUGUGUGACAAUUGUGGGGACGCGAGGUUCGUGCCGUGCGAGAAUUGCAGUGGGAGCAGGAAGGUGUUUGAUGAGGAUGAAGGGGAAUUGAAGAGGUGCUUGGAAUGCAAUGAGAAUGGACUCCUCAGGUGUCCGUAUUGCUGUUCUUGAUUUUGAUUAAUGAUGAUUUUCAUGGGGGUUAAUUGGGUUGUUGCUCGUUGAACAUGUGUUUUGUUUUGUUCAAGACUGGGUGUUUUACUUUCUUAUCUUGGAUUGAGAUGGAAAACUGGGGUGAGUGGGGGAUGUGUAUAUUAUAUUCUAAUGGAGGGUGUAAAUAUUUAGUGGUGUACAAGAAUUUGCUAAAUAUUGGUUGUUGAUGGAUGAUAGCUUUCUAAUGGGAAUUAUGGGAUGUUUUAAUAUAUCCCUUUAUUAGUCUAA